AUGGGAACACAAUCAACUGAUUUCAAUUGGAUUUUGGAAGCUCGUCUGCUCGUUAGCCAUGUUUCUCAGUUCAGACCAGCCAAGCAGCCACUCAUGUUUGUACUGCACAUUGAAAAUGAUAGGAUGGUAGGAAAAGCCAACAACGUCCUAACAACGGGUCCCAUCCUCAAAAUUGAAAUGCAUCACAAUCGGCGAAGAACAGCGUAUCAUAUAUUUGCCAGGUUCAUGCCAUGCAAUUCGAUAAAAAUUGAGCAAGAAAAUAGUUGCGUAUCGAGAUUUGUGAAGGAUGCUUGCAAGUGCAACCUUUCCAAGCUCCAUCCAACAACACAGCCAGAACCUGCCAUGAAGGCUUAA